GAAGUAGCCUCUCCAUGCUUUUGUUGUGAAAUCCGGGCGAACGGAAACGUCGAGCUAGCCUCGCGCGACCGUCUGCGAGUGAGCGUGAAAAUGUUCGCGUGAAGAAGAUGUUACCUUUAUCCAUCAAGGACGACGAGUACAAGCCCGCCAAGUUCACUUUUCUACUCAAGCUGUCAGGAUGGAUCAGGUCAAUUUUGGCCGACAAAACGUCGAGAAAUUUGUUUUUCUUCUUGUGUUUGAACCUUUCUUUCGCCUUUGUGGAGCUCAGCUACGGCAUCUGGAGCAACAGCCUAGGUUUGAUCUCGGACUCGUUUCACAUGUUCUUCGACUGCACGGCGCUGCUGGCGGGCCUGGCGGCCUCCGUCAUCUCCAGGUGGCGCUCUAACGACAGCUUCUCUUACGGGUACGUGAGAGCUGAGGUUCUGGGCGGCUUUGUCAACGGCCUCUUCCUCAUCUUCACUGCCUUCUUUAUCUUCUCUGAAGGGGUUGAGAGGGCGCUGGAGCCUCCAGACGUUCACCACGAGCGUCUUCUUCCCGUCUCGGUCGCCGGCCUGCUCGUCAACCUGGUGGGGAUCUUUGUUUUCCAACACGGAGGACACGGACACUCGCACGGAGAGCAAGGUCACGGCCACAGCCAUUCGCUGUUUAACGGCGCCGCGAGGCAGACGGCGGGCCACGCCCACCACGGCGGCCGUCACGGGCACGAAGGCCACGCCCACCACGCCGGCCGUCACGGGCACGAAGGCCACGCCCACCACGGCGGCCUUCACGGGCACGAAGGCCACGCCCACCACGGCGGCUUUCACGGGCACGAAGGCCACGCCCACCACGGCGGCCAUCACGGGCACGAAGGCCACGCGCACGGUCACCGCGAUCUCGACGACGAGCGCCACCUGGGUUCCGGGAAACAGAUCCUGCAGGGUGUGUUACUGCACAUCAUGGCUGACACGCUCGGCAGUGUGGGUGUGAUCAUUUCAGCGCUUCUGAUGCAGAACUACAACCUGAUGAUAGCCGACCCCAUCUGCUCCAUGCUCAUCGCAAUCCUCAUCGGAGUCAGCGUGGUGCCGUUGCUGCGAGAGUCCAUCGGGAUCUUGAUGCAGAGAACGCCGCCCUCCCUGGACCGCGCCCUCCCAGAGUGCUACCAGAGGGUGCAGCAGCUGCAGGGCGUGUACAAUGUGCAGCACCCCCACUUCUGGACUUUAUGUACCGACGUGUACGUGGGGACCCUCAAAGUGGUGGUGGCCCCCGACGCCGACGCUCGCUGGAUCUUGAGUCAGACGCACAACAUCUUCACGCAGGUGGGCGUGCGACAGCUGUACGUUCAAAUCGACACGGCCGCCAUGUAGGGGUUCCUCCCCCUUCUGGACUCUGGGACCAAUCGCAGUCUGCAAUGUGGACUGACCUCUGACCUCGAGACCAAAGUGGGACCUUUUGGGGGAGGCGUUAACUGCGAUCAACCCGAACUGCCCCUCGCAAGCAGACUAGGGAAUUAUGGGAAAGUGCCUUCAUCGCGGUGCGGCAAACCCCCCCCCCCCACACACACACACACCCGUCCACAGAAUGCUGACAGUUCAUUGGUCUGUGGGCGACCAGUCCCACCUCAACAGUAAUAAAAGCCUAGUUGAGGUCA